GUCAAGGCGCGACAUGCCAUCGAGCACCCACUGAGAAGGGUGGCCGCUGUGAAGGCCUCCACUGGGCGAGCCAUUCUUGAAUACGCCGCAUGCAGAAAGGUCUAGUCGACGGCGUCCUCGCCUACAUCAUCUUUGGCCUUUACCCGCUGUACUGGAAACUCCUGGCCGACGUGCCGUCCAUGCAGCUGCUCGCACACCGUGUCGUAUGGUCGAUCCCGCUCGUCCUGGUGGUCAUCGCCGUCACAGGGCAGUUCGCCGCACUCCUUGAAGCGGCUCGACACUGGCGGCUCCUUGUUAUCUACACCGUGUCCGGGCUGCUCAUGGGGACGAACUUGUUUGUGUCAGUGUGGGCCGUGAAUGCUGGGUUUAUCGUCGAGAUGAGUUUGGGGUAUUUUAUCAAUCCCGUCGUCAGUGUGCUCCUGGGCGUGGUCUUUCUCCGCGAAAAGCUGCGCUUGUGCCAAUGGUUGUCCGUGGCGUUGGCCAUCGUCGGCGUCGGCGUCGUCACGUUUGGCUAUGGCAAGUUUCCGUACAUUGCGUUCACGAUUGCGUUUGCGUUCGGGUUCUACGGCCUCGUGCAGAAGGAGGCGCCGCUGAGCCCAGUCCAAGGCGUGACAAUUGAAAUGUCCAUCUUGGCGGUGCCGUGCUUGGUUUACCUACUUGUGUGCGAAGCCCAGGGCAACGGUUCAUUCGGUAGGUCCAGUGUGGGCUUGACGUGGCUUUUGGUCGGAUGCGGGCCCAUGACGGUUGUACCGCAGCUCCUCUUUUGCUCGUCUGUCCAAAGCAUUCCCCUGUCCCUGCUGGGGAUUCUCCAAUUCAUCGGGCCCACGAUGAACAUUGUGAUUGGAAUUUGCGUGUACGACGAAGACUUUUCCGGUGCCAAAAUGGUUGGGUUCAUCCUGGUCUGGGUGUCGCUCGUCUUCUUCACCGCCGAAAGCUUUUAUUUUGUGUCGAAAAACUCCAACACCAGCAUUGACAGCGACACCAAGCUCGAGGCGGGCGACGCUGACUUCCACCAGGCCGACGACCUGACAAACUAAAGUUGUUCAUUCGAGUGGAAUCGUGAUUUGAAAACCAAGAUGCCUGUGGGCAAUAAGUGUCCUCUGGUAAUGUUGACAUGUGCAAUCAACGUAUUGACGACGGUAGGGAGUUCUAUUCAAGCAUCCAGUUGUCAUUGGAGUCCAUCCGUCCUGUCAUCAGCUAAACUGCAACUCGAAUUGUUGUGGAAGUCCCGAGAAAGUUGUGGUGGUUGACAUGUUGAGCGGAUUUCCCGUCGUUGCCAUGACGUCGAGCUCACUUGGGCGACUAGGGCAUUUUUGGGGCGCGGCAGAGAGCAGAAUGUGGUUCUAGCUGAUGCUCGUGCAUACCGACAACUGUCGUACGGAGGAGUAAAAAAUCUAUGUGGAUCAUCCCAUUCGUUGGGCAUCAUGGC